GCGGCGCGGAGGAGCUGCUGGUGGAAGCGCACGCCGCCACGGGCCUUCCGUGGUGGGGCAGCAUCGUGCUCACCACCGUGGCCCUUCGCGGCGCCGUCACGCUGCCCCUGGCCGCCUACCAGCACUACAUUCUGGCCAAGCUAGGUGGAAAAUUUGCAGCCAGAAAUAAGAAGUAUCGCCAGUCGUCUUAACCGAGAAGUUGCGGUGCGUGCGAAUCAAUUGGGGUGGUCCAGAAGAGGUGCCAGGCUCACCUACCUCAGAAACAUGAGGAGGCUUGUUUCCGAACUGUACGUUCGGGAGAACUGCCACCCCUUCAAAGCCAGUGUCUUGGUUUGGGUUCAGCUUCCCAUGUGGAUCGUCGUAUCUCUUGCUCUGCGGAAUUUGAGCACCGGAACAGCGUACUCAGAAGCAGGUCUUUCUGUUCAGGAGCAGUUGACUACUGGAGGAGUCCUUUGGUUUCCUGACCUCACUGCGCUGGAUUCCACUUGGAUUUUGCCGAUAUCUGUUGGUGUCAUCAAUUUGUUAAUAGUGGAGAUUUUUGCCCUGCAAAAAACUGGAAUGUCGCGUUUUCAGAUUUACAUCACACACUUUGUCCGUGGACUGUCGGUUUUGAUGAUUCCAAUUGCUGCUACCGUCCCUUCAUCACUGGUCCUCUACUGGCUGUGCUCCAGCGUCAUGGGCCUCUCCCAGAACCUGCUGCUGCGCUCUCCUGGGUUUCGUCGACUCUGCCGAAUACCGUUAACCAAGUCCGAUUCAGACACUCCUUAUAAAGACCUGCUUGCUGCCUUUUAUACCAAGUUCCUUUCAAGAAAGUGACAUUUUUCAGCAAUUUUGAAACGAUGCAAGAGUCACUGAUACUUUAAAAUAUUUAGACUUAGAAAUCAAGGUAUUUUUUUAAUUUGCAUUUGCUUAAAAUCAUGAACUCCAGGAAGUGUAGGGUAGGUUAAGAUGCAAUCCAGAGACAUGUGAUAGUGAUCAAAAUCAUUUAAGUACUAGAAAUUUCGUCUGUUUAGUUGUAAAACAAAUGUAAAAGGAAACGAAAGUGUUUGUCCCUGUUCAUAAAAUUGCAACUUGUGAGGGGUGCCAGAACUUUGGAAAAUACGAUUAGAUACUGAAUGCUGCCAUAUUGUAUUUAACUGUUCCACAACUUUAAAUUUUUGUAAAAUAUGAGGAUUUGGUGAUGUGACUCUUACUAUGCUGGUGGUCGCAUGGGUUGGAGACCUACUUAAACCUCUGAUAAAAGGCUGCGGAGGGAAACCCUGGGACUCUCAGCAUAAGGACCUUGACAGUGGUGAAGGCCCUCUAGCAAGUCCUAGCAGAAAUCCUAUUCUAAUGAACCUAAGAUUAAUCUGGAGUUAACGUCUGAGUAAAGAAGGAAGGUCUUGAAGCGUGGCUGUCCAGGCAUCCGAGCACCUGUUGUGUAGAUACUCUUGUCUCAGCUCUGCUGGGAAACAGGUCAAAGACUAUACAUUCCUUUGUCAGUCACUUGGGAAGCUUACAAGGCAGCGUGUGAUGUUUUGUAUUGCUAAAUCCUAUAGUCAAAAAUAUCCACUAUUAAGUUUGUUUGGUCAGAGGACGAAAAUUCAAGAGGUAGCUACCUAUUAAAGAUAUGAUAUUUA